AUGGAGUCACAACUUCUGAUCACCUAUGCAGAAGAAUCAGUAUUGCCAAAUUUAACUGUUGAAAAAGAUUCGAUUAAGGCUGCUCUUAAUGAUCCAUUUAUAUUGAUGAACAUCAUGCAAAAUCGACCUCUUGAAUCUAUCAUAAUACAUAUCGAUGAGUAUCAAAGAUACAUUGAUUUCAUUCACCACUAUAAAAGAGGACGCCCGCAUCUUCUACACAAGGGAUUGGCAGUCAGGCUACACGCAAGCAAAAAAGUGUUGGGGAAUACUUUAUUAUCCCGAUAUGCACUGGAACUUCAGCUUUUUGAUGUUCACUUUUUACAUACAGAAUAUACUAAAGUCUUGGUGUCAACACAAACCUUGAUUAUAUCUCAGCAUACAUGA